AUGGGCUUUUCUAGUAGCUCGGGGUUUGACGCGGAUGGUAGUAGUGGCGGCCUUUUCCUAGGCUGGUCGCAUAGGGUUAAUGUUAAUGUUGUUUCUGUUUCGGAAAAUAUAAUUUUCUGUAAUGUGAUUUCGGAACAUAUUGUCAACAAAACUAGAGUAUGGUGCCUUGAUUACAAGAAGGAGGCAGGAAUCACGUGGAACAAGUUUGAAGAGAAUUUGAGCACCCUGCAAAGCAACAUUCAUGAUGAACAAUCAGCGUCGAUUGAGGUAAAAGAAAGAUUGCUGAUAAAAGAAAGAGCAGCGGAACAAUGGCAAUAUUGGAAACAGCGUUCGAAAUCAAAGUGGGAUGCCUUCGGAGACCAAUCAACCGCUUUCUUCUACAAAAGUGUUAAAUCUCGUAGCUGUAGAAAUGAUAUAAGGGCAAUCAAGAAUGAUCAAGGCAUUUGGCGAACAAAGAAAGAGGAGAUACAAUCAGAUUUUUUUGAUUUUUAUAAUAAUCUUUUUGCAGGGACUCCCUCUAUAUCUCAACAACACCACGACAUUCUUAUUAAGCCUUUCUCAAAGGAAGAUAUCAAGGUGGCUGCCUUCAGUUCGAAACCUCUCAAGUCCCCGGGUCCUGAUGGAGUACCACCUAUCUUUUUCCAAAAAUAUUGGGCCACGGUGGGUGAUGAUAUAUGUGCAGGGGUCCAGGCCUUCUUCUCUAGCGGUCACAUGCUACGGGAAACAAAUAAAACCUUUGUUGCUCUCAUUUUAAAAGAGCAACGUCCAUCCACAGUGGGGGGUUACAGGCCGAUAAGCCUUUGUAACUCGACCUACAAGAUAAUAUCGAAGUGCAUGGUGAAUAGAAUCAAACAAAUCCUUCCAGACCUCGUGGGGGAAACACAAAAUGCCUUUGUACUAGGGAGGAUGAUGGUUGAUAACUGUUUCGUAGCUCAUGAGGUAAUCAACCAUGUUAAAAGGAGAAAAAAGGGGGGUCGAUUCGAGGCAAUUUUGAAGGUCGAUCUUAGCAAAGCUUAUGAUAGAGUCCGGUGGGAUUUUGUCAUUGAAAUUCUAAAAAAGAUGAAAUUUCCAGAUAAGUGGGUUCAAUGGAUACUUGAGUGCAUCUCAUCUGUCACGUACUCUAUUCUAGUGAAUGGUGAGCCGUCAAAGCAAAUCACUCCAGGAACGGGACUCCGGCAAGGUGACCCUUUAUCACCCUACCUUUUCAUACUCGUAAUGGAGGUCCUGUCCCUCAAUAUUAUGAAGCUCGAACAGCAAGGCCAAAUUCAGGGGAUAAAAAUCUCAAGAAAUGCCCCCUCGAUAAGUCACUUGUUUUUUGCGGACGAUGCCCUUUUUUGCUUCAAAGCUACGCCCAACUCAUGUAGGAGGAUCAGGGAAUGCAUAGAUGGAUUUUGCUCAGUAUCAGGCGAGAUGAUAAAUUUUGGCAAAUCUACAGUCCUCUUUAGUCCUAAUACCCCAACCCGUUUUGCUCGUAUCCUUCGAAGGCCUUUGGGUGUAGAGAAUAAAAAAGAGAUGGGUACUUACCUAGGUUGUCCAAUGGAUGUGGAUGGUCGAUCCUCUGCUAAAUUUCAAGUAAUUGUUGACCGAGUUAACGACAAGAUAGGCUCAUGGAAGUUUAAUAAAGUCAUCUCGGGGGGUAAGCUUUUGUUAAUCAAUAGUGUGCUAAUUGCCAUGGCUUCUCACAUUCUAUCAACUUAUCUAUGCCCGGCUAUGAUAACCAAAAAACUGAACUCCACACUGCUUCGAUAUUGGAGGGCUUCAUCCUCUACCAAGAAACCGAUUUAUUGGCGUAAAAAAGAACUUCUUUACAGUCACAAGAAUGAUGGGGGCAUGGGACUAAAGGAAGUAAGGACACUAAAUGUAGCUCUCCUUGCUCGGAAAAGCUGGAGGAUGCACACACAUAGUGAUCUACUAGCAAGCAAAUUGUUCAAAGGUAAGUAUGGUAACGAUCCCAUCUCCCUUGGGUACUCAAACUCUAUGCCUAGGAGGAGUUCAUGGGCGGCAAGGAGUCUAAUCAAAGCUGCCCACAAUUUACGGGAUGGAGUUAGGUUCCUAGUCAACAAUGGCCGUAACACUAGGAUCACGCAAGAUAUAUGGGUGGGCGAUACCAGGCUAACUCCUAAGACUCCCUUGAUGAGUGAACAACCUAACCUCCAUGUUGUGGCUGAUCUGAUGACGACAGAAAGGAGAUGGAAUGCAUCUCUGAUAUGGAGGAAAUUCAGUCAUCAUGAUGCUAAGAGGAUAAUGGCAACUCAUAUUCCAGAAGAUGAAGAACCUGAUACUUUGAAUUGGGGUGGCACGAAAAAUAGCGAGUACACCUUCAAAUCCGGCUACUGGCACCAACAGGUGGACCCACCCUCCCCAUCCUAUGGUAGUAUAAAGUUUUGGAAAACAUUGUGGAAACUUAAUAUCUUCCCUAGAUGGAAGCAUUUUUGCUGGAAAAUCAUUCACCGUGUCCUACCCACAAGAAUCAAUCUUCGCAAACGUGGAAUACAAGUGGAGGGGGAUUGCCCGAUGUGUAACAACGGAGAAGAAACAGAAGUGCAUAUUUUCAGAUUAUGUCCCAUUGCUCAAAUGGCUUGGCGAGCAAGUAACUUAGGCAUUAUCUCGGAAUCUCAGGCGUCGGUUACAAUGCAUGAUUGGAUUAUUAAUUUCCUUAACUUCUUUCACAACCAGGAUGGAAGGGAAGAGGAUAGAGUGGUUCAACUUAUCUCAAUUGCUUGGGGUAUUUGGCUACAUAGAAACGAAAUCAUCUUUAGAGGCGUGAGUGCAAACCCUUCUCGUAUUCUGGAGAUUGCACAGUCACACGUCCAACGUUGGAAACAUAUGAAGGACCUUCAGGAGCGAUGCAAUGCUUUGCAAAACUCUCCUUACCCGAACCUACACAAGCCAUGGCAAAUAAUCAUAUGGAAAAUAGGUAGAUGCAAUAGCGGGGGCUUUUUCUCAAUUGUGGUAGAUGCAGCUUGGAAAAGGAAGAAGAAGGUGAAGCAAAAAGAAUGGGAAGCAGCAAUAGCGUGGGCGGAGGACGGGAAUCAGUCCAGCUUAUGUUCAGGAGCCAAAAGAAUAUUUUCCCAUGAUGCUCUUCAAGCAGAGUGCUAUGCGAUUUUGGAAGGCAUGAAGAUGGCUGGUAACAUAUCAAGGAACGUGUUAGUGAAAACAGAUUGCAAACAAGCAGUGGAAGCACUCAAAAAUGCAAAGCUAGCACUUUCUAACAUUUCUUCUAUCCUAAACCAAAUCCGUAGAGAAGCAUACAAAUUGGAUUACUUUGUGUGUAUGAAAUUUGUUAAGGAAAUCCUGAAUCUCCUUUUCAUUCGUGGGAGGUGUCAUGGCCAAGAUAGCCUUGAUUUUGGAAGGAUAAACCUCUAUUCCUCGAGAGCUGAUGACAUACCGAGUAACUUGCAUGACGUUACCCCCGAAUGCGCAUUUCUGCAGAUUAAGCCGCAUAUUGAAUUGCCUGAGUCUGUUGAAGAAUUUUUGAAGCACUGUUCCUUAUUUACUGCUGUUUGUUUGCAGUUAUGGGCCUUUGAGCGUUUGCCUUUUCUCAUUCCUUGGUCGAGGAGGGAGAACUACGGAUAUCCCAUCGUUACUCGCUAG